ACGAAACGUAACUGUGUUCUCAGACGUUCCACAGCUUCUGGUAGUGAAGGGACAGCGACAGCGGCUGCUGGAGCAGCUUUGAAUGCAACUCGCAUUAGACGAAGGACCGUCCUCUGAGCAGCACCAAAUUUAUGAUCACACCAGACUGGGAGGAUUUCAAGCCUAUUCUAAAGAACGAAAUUCGGUACAAAUGUUUUUCACAGUUUAGGACAAUGCGGGAACUGUUUUGAGAUUCCGGAGGUUAUCCACGGAUGGAUCCUGGUGCCCGUCGGCUGAGACAUCAUUAACAAACCGCGGCGAGACUGUGAGACGAGGCGGGACCGCCGGCUGACAGGAUGGUGGAGCGGUCAGAUCGAGCUCCUUUGCUGGACUGGGAGGAGGUUCCGUCCGCGGAGAAGAACGAUGAGAGUGCAGCAGCUGCUGCUGCACCACCGGCGGCGGCAGCAGCUCACGCCAAAGACCGACUGUCGAGCCCCUCCAACGGCCGUGCCACCUCAGGAUGCUCCGCGCCGGUGUUUGGGUGGAGCAGCAGCGGUCCAGGAGGUCCCAUUCCCUCCAGGUCUGUCUCCGGCUCAGACGGCUGCAGCACCCCGCCCACGACCUCCAUCAACCCGGUGGACACAGACGAAGGGCUGCGUCCGCAUAAGCAGGAGUAUCAGCCGGAUUCGGGGAGCAGGGAGUUGUCGUCGGAAGACAGAAUGGUGAAAUGGGAAGAAAGGGACCAGAUUGUGUCGGUUUUUGUUGUGACGUUUAACACAAGAUCAGGAAACAUGCUUGAGUGGUGUCUGCCCAAAGACAUGGACCUGGAGGGAGUGGAGUUCAAAGCCAUUGCCAGCGGCUCCCACCGAGUCACCACCGAUUUCAUCUACUUCCGUAAAGGCUGCUACUUCGGCCUGGCCUGCUUUGCCAACAUGGCGGUGGAGAGCACCGUGGAAAGGGGGGCAAGGAUGAAGUCGGUGGGCAUUCUGUCUCCUUCCUACACUCUGCUGUACCGCUACAUGAGUUUCCUGGAGCACCAGGUCAGGCUCCAACUCCACAACCCGGGCCACUACUCUCCUCUGGAGGCCUUUUAUGAGGACAAGAGAGCUCUCCUGCCCCCCAGUGGGGAUGGAGUUAUUAAUGUGUGUCCUACCAUCGCCUGGGGGGCUGCAAUGAACAACGGCAUGCACCCCGAGAUGAAGAUCACACACCCGGCUGGCUGUAUGUCCCAGUUCAUUCGCUUCUUUGGUGAGCAGAUCAUGGUGCUUUGGAAACUGGCCCUGCUGCGUAGACGUAUCCUCAUCUUCUCUCCUCCUCCUGUGGGUGUGGUCUGCUACAGAGUCUACUGCUGCUGUUGCCUGGCCAACAUCUCCCUCCCUGGGGUCAGCGUUGCUCUGCCUGAGUUUCGGCCCUUCUUCUAUGUCAAUGUGGCUGACAUCAGCGCCCUGGAGAAUGAGCUCUCAUAUGUAGCAUGCACUACUGAGAAGAUCUUUGAAGAAAAGAAAGAUCUGUACGACGUGUACGUAGACAAUCAGAAUGUAAAAACCUACAGAGACGGUCUGAAGCCUCUGCUUCGCCUCAGCACUGCAGACCGGGAGAAGUAUCGGAAACUUACGGAGCAGAGGCAGAUUCUGUUGUACUCACAGGAGGAGAAUGGCGACUGUGUGUCCAGUGAGGAGGAUCUGUUUAUUCUGUUCUUCUUGGAGCAGAACAAUCGAAUCUUCCAGACCCUGGGCGAAGUGGCAGGAAGCCCCGACCCCACUCUGACACAGGAGAGCGUGAGAGCCAUGGGUCUGGAUCCUCACGGGGACCGGCUCUUUCUGCUCCACCUGUUGGAGGUCUACGGCUACGACACCCUGCUGGUGUCAGAUCAGCUCUGCUGCAGCUGAGAGGCAGCUGUCUGCUUCUGGGAUCACUGCUGAUUUUCAACAAGGAGUGGCCUGCCUUGCCUUGAGCCAAUUCCACCUGCUGCACCACUGGCUGCGUGGAGUCUCCAGGACUGUGUGGAGCUCCUUAACGUCUCUGGUAUUUUUUUUUUGUUUUUAAUUGUACAUUCCCCCGAUCUGAUCCAGCGUGGUUCUUGUCCUUUUUAAGGUAAUGGCAAGACCAACGGUAAGAGUGAACACCAAGCCUUUUACUAUAUAAGUAUGAAACAAAUGAGAACUGAAGGAAAUAUGCAACUUUCUACCAAAAGUAGGAUUUCAUGAGGGACUUAAAAGCACUCAGAUGCGUCAUUUUAAUGAGCUGGAGCUAAAUAGUUUGGACACUUUUGGUGAAAUAAUUAAUGAGAGAGUGACGGCCUUUCUGUAAAUAUCUCCUCCCUUGUGAGUAGAGUCUGUUGGAAUAAGGAUGCAUUAUGUGAAAUGGGGCGUGAUUGUUUUUCUUUCUUCUUUUUUUUUUUUUGCUGUGUUGUAUUCCUAGUAUCAGAUGCUGCAUUCAAACAUCUCAUUCUGUAUCAAAAUCAGGGCCAAAAAUAACUUUAAACAGGUCUUUACCUUUGUCGCUUAGAUGUACGUCUGUAACUGCUGCUGUUUAGUCAGACAACGACCAGGAUUUGGCUCAUCUCAUUUUCACACUGUCUGUGCUGAAACCAAAUAGAACAUCAUCUAUGUGUGACCAACAGGCAGACACAAGGAAUGACGUGCACUCACUUCAUCCACAUGCAUUUAACAGAAGACAUUUCAAACAUGCAAUCUUGUGUGGACGUGAACAAGACUAAAUGAUAUUCAAAUUUAGACGUGGGCCUGAUGUUGGCAAACGCUCAAACCAGGCCAGUUUAUAUUUCUACUGCCUUAUUUAAACAUGGGAUCACAGGUUUAUUUGCAUUUGGGAAAGGGAGUGUCAGACUGAAGCCAUGGAACUUUAAGUAUGAAAUAACCAGACCGACCAAAAUAAUGAUGCUAAUGAUUGAGAUGAGAGUUAUUUUAUAUCCUCAAUUUUUGAUUCAGUUAUUAUCACAUUAAAUGUUUUAUUUUUUGGUCAUAAACGUAUGUAUUCAGCAAAUGAAAAACAACAUCAAACAAAGACAAAAAAAUAAUUAAGCGUUUUCAUCGAUGAUUAUUGACGUUUCAAUCAAACAGUAUUCAUUUGACCACCGGGGGGUAUCAAAGGUUACUUACACAAAUUUGUACACUAUCAAAAAUGUACAAGGUAAAGGUGACGUUAAGUGGAUGUUUUCUUUAUAAGUUCGUUUUCGUUAUUAUUACACCACCCUUCGAUGUCCUAAAGGAUUUACAUUCACGGGAACUUGAAUGUCUUACGGAUUAGCUCUACUGCUACCUUCAAUGCUACAUUGGUACUCCAAUUUAAAAAAACGUCAUUUCCGGGAUUUAUAUACUCACCGAAAACACAUAAAUAAUACAUUUUAAACUCUCCUCCCAAUGCCAUUUUUAGUAAUUAAACCCGCCGUGUGCAUUGACAGUUCAAUGUUGUCUUUUAAUAGAACACUUUGGCUCAAUGUGAGGCGAAGAGACGGCCGUUUGUUUUUUUUCAUCCGGCCUGUAGAAAUCCAAUGAAAGCCCGCCCACUCACAAAACUGGUUGGACCUACUGGAAAAACCAGCCAAUCAUGUUUUGUCUUUUACACCUGCGUGCACGCUACCUCUACCUGUCCCACGUGCGCGUUCUUGUUUGCUCGUUUUUGAUUCGAGGAUAUGUUAAUUAUUUUGCUGGCGUUAACUGCCGUCAUCUUCGACAACAUCCGGGACACUUAAUGUCUGUAUAAAUAACAAACUGCAUCCGUGAUGAAGAAAACGAAAUGACGUUAAUAAAAAAAGAAAAACAGCAAACGUUCAAUACAUCCUGACUUGCUACCGUAGAGAGGACGAAAAUGUACAUGAAAAGCAGAUAUUUCAAUUAUUUAAAUAAUUUAAAAAUAUUGCAGCUUUUAAAAUACUGUACUUAGAACAUAUGAAAUAAUAGAGUUCAGGGAGAAGAUUUAAAAACUACGCCAUAUUUUUUUCCAACCAUUUUUAGUGGAAUAGAACAACCACAAGACGGGUCAGGUUCUGUUGGUAAAAAGGUAUAAAUGUGAAGUUUAUGAUCGAAGUCGUUUCUUCGCAAUUCCACAAUAUAUAAUUACAUUUCAAUUGUGCAAUAAUUAUUUUGACCACAAGGAGGACAUAAGGCUUUAAAUUACAGCGAAUUGUAUUUUUGCUGGAGUAAAGGAAGAAAGAAAACUUUACCGUUACGUUAUAGGUCAUUUAUGAAAUGUUUAAAUGUUUUUUUUAAUUACCCCAUUUGAAACAGGUAUAAGUAAAUUCCUAUAUCAUUUUAUUUUAGUAAUUGAUUAAAUAUUGUUUUAAUGUUUAUGUAUCAGUGUAAAUAUUUAAUGCUGUAUUCAUAUGUGCAAAUACUGGAUCUGAUGAUUUGUUUUUUUAAAAGGAAUUGUUCUGUUUUCAAUGCCAGUCCCUGAAAUCCAUAAGACAUGUUCACUUCUGUAUCUUGAAAUACUUUUUCAUCUCAUUUCACACAGCACCUUCCACAUGUACAGAGUGCACACUCUUGUAGUUGAAAAUGUAGUCAAACACACGUUUUAAAAAAAACAACUUUCACUUUUAUUUAUUUUACUGUAACUCAUUUCUGAAAUAAAGUGCACAGCCACUUUGGAGAAA